AGGUCUCUUUGCUGGCCAACACUCGGAAAAACUCCAGGCCACAGCAACCCGUGAUGUCAAACCCAAGUAGCAGUUUCCGUGGCCCCUUUACGAGCCACACUAGUGACUUACAGGUGAGUCGCUUUGCCAGCGUCUCCAUGGACGAGAUGCCCAGAUUGGCCAGCAUGCCGGGUCAACCGGAAACUCGUGGUUCCAUUCCACCAAACACUGACCCCAGCGUGGAUAGCCUCAUGGAUAACAAACCGCACUAUUCCACGAAAUCGCUGGGCUUCGCCAAUUUUCAAAGAAAAGAUAAGAAGGGCGGCUCUAUGGCGUCCAUGAAUCGACGUCAGAGCGAACCGGAGCUGCCACCGUCCUCGCCCAGCGGCUUCGAACAGCAGCGACGGAACUUCCUCAGAUCGAAAACCAAACAUGCCACGCAAUCGCAAUAUGGCGCCAUGGGCGAAUUGGAGGCUGCCACAGCGCGGCUUCUGCAGAAAGAUCGGCGGCGUUCCACACAGAAGUCCGACAGGGGAAGCUACCACGCAAGGGCCGGAUCUAAAGAGGCGAGCAACCACUCCGGCUCGGGAGAUCCCAUCGAUCGGCGUGUGAGUUCUCGAGAUCCCAUCGAUCGGCGUGGGAGUUCCCCGGGUCCCAUCGCAUCGAGGAAUUUGGAUCGAAUCCUACCCGAGCACACCAUCCCAGAAACUGCUGGGAUCCAGUCCUCUGUGAGUGCGGAUGAUCAGGAAUCUGAGGUGAAAUUCGGCGAGAGCGAGGUAGAGGAGGAAGAGGAAGAGGACGAGAGCCAUGAAAAAGUUGACCACUUUCCGAGUUCCCGAAAGCGCAUCUUGGUUCGAUGUCGUCGGAUUUCCCUGGAAGAACUGCGGGACAACUACGACUCGGAACUGGUGAAUCGUCAAGGGGGUAACAACCGAGAAAACACGCAUCACUGGCGUGAUGAGACGUCGCUGAAAGACUGGCUUUCGGAUGAUGAGCUCUCCGAACCUCCCAGUGGUACAGCCUUGACUGCCUCGGCGCGCGUCUUGUUGGCCAUGGUGGGCAUCUUGGACUACAAAGAUGGUUUGUUGUGGCGAGUUCUCUCCUUCUUCAGUCUCCUCGUUCCAGUCAUCUUGUCCGUCAGCAGCACGGUCACCACGACGAUGGCGGGCGCCGAUUUGAGAGUUUUCAAUACCUACAUCUGCUACUUCGCGGGCAGCCUCCUUGCAUCGGUGAGCCUCCGACGGGCUGGCAUCACCUCACUCCUGGGGCCGGUGGACCACCGUUUGGACCUUUAUGCGGAUGAGUCUGGUUUCUUGGAAGAUUGGCAACGAAUCUCUGCGUGGCGUCUUGCAGAAGUUAUGGGGCUCUACGCCGUCAUGGUAUCUUUCCGGGUCAUCGCGAGUUUCAUCACUAGCGAUGUGAGCUACGGACAAGCCAUCACAGGUAAUGUUCUUGACAUUUUACCUGGCUUAGCCUUCUCACUGAUGGCCCUGCGUUUGGUGAUGGUGUGCUUUACGCAGCUUCACAUCUGUUGCGGCCUGGAGUUAGCCAUCGAUAGCUUCGGGCUGCGCGUCUUUCGCGACAUGGACAUGGAGAAAGCACUGGAGGAAUGGAAUCUGGUUCAGGCCACUCUGCGGCAAUGUAGCGGAAAGCUCAGUAGCUCGAUGUCCAUCAUGGGCAUUUGCUGCUUCGCCUGUUUGAUGUUCUUGGCGGAGCAGCUGCUGAAUAGUCCCGAUUUGCUUCAGAACCUGCUAGAUUCAGCCUUGUGGAUGGGUUGGCUCUAUCCUCCUGUUGUGCUUUUCGCAUACACCAUGAUGCGUGCAGCAGCCGUGUCGGAAAAGGCCAGUCGUGUGGCCCCCUUGGUGAAUUCAUGGAAAUUUGAGAAGCGCAAUGCAAAACAGAAGGCCAUGCUGAUGGAUCAUGAUCGGCAAUACGUGGUACAAUACAUCAUUCAAAGCGAAGCAGGAUUCUAUCUGAAAGGCGUUCGGCUAACAGCCGGCUCCGUCCAAAAGAUGAGCUACUACUUCGCAGCUUUCACCUUCAGUGUUUUCGCGCGAUUUUGGGGUGCCAGUGCCAGUUGAGGGGCGAUCCGAUUUCAAGGACACGGCAUGAUACGACAAUUUUUUUUGGGAAUUUUCCUCGUGGAGAAUUCCCUGGUCCAGAGUUCUAUGGAUGAACGUGUUUCACCUGAGCCCUGGAUGUAUCUGUUGGCUGCUGCGGUGUUGAUGGAGGCUUACGGAAG